CAGCUUUCGCGGCUAUCGAUAUACAUUUGCGAAUGUUCUAGAAGAAAAUUUUGUACAUUGUUACAAUAGGAAGAGAAAGAUGGCAAACUUCCCCAAAAGAAGCGACAUCUUGGAGCAGCUCCAAAAAUUGACGAUCGACCCGACCAGUACCAGGACUUGGGUUCCGUAUAAUGCUUACGUGGAAUUCCUGCACACGAAGGAGCCUAUAAUCCAAGACGAAGUCGUCAUGACGGCAUUCCGAGAUGCUAUUCAGGAUGAGAAGAAUGCUAUUCUCUUCAAAGGAGCCACUGUGCUCGAAGUGGGCUGCGGCAUUGCCAUUCUCUCCAUGUGGGUGGCCAAGCAAGGAGCCGCUCGCGUCUUUGCCGUGGACGCUGGCGAUGUGGCGCAGGCGGCGCGGCAGGUGGUGCGCGAAAAUCGCCUGGAUCAUGUGAUUGAAGUUAUGCAGGCCAACAUUGAGGAGCUGGAGCUGCCCCCAGUCGAUGUCAUAAUAUCCAAGUGGAUGGGGGCCUGUCUGGUAUAUGGCACCACCCUGGACCAAGUUCUAUAUGCGCGCGACAAGUGGCUAAAGCCCACAGGCCACAUCUUUCCGGAGAAAGCCAAGCUAUAUCUCUCGAUCGCUGACGACAAGAACAGCCAAAAGCCAAAGUAUUUUUGGAAAAAAUUCGAGGGGAUGGAUAUGCAUCGGGCUGCUCUCGCCGUGGAGCGUACAGGGAAGGUGACCGAAGUGUUGCCCGAGCAAAUGAUUUCCAAUCCCGAAGAAAUUUGGCAAAUGGAUUUGCGCACUCUCAAGCGUGAGGAGGUGUGCUUUAAAUCAAGCUUCAGAAUUUUGUCGGAGCGGAGGGACAUUGCCGAUCUGUUUGUCAUACAUUUCGACUUUGCCUUUCCUGCCGGUACCAAUGCGAUGAUCGUCAACACCAGUCCAUGGAAUCUGACCACGCAAUGGAUGCAGACUGUCCUCCACGUCGACCAACAUCUGCCAGUAUACGCAGGCGAUCAUCUAUCUGGCACUAUCUCAAUGUGGCGUACGGCCAAGGAUCUGGACAUCGACAUUCACUGGAGCUUCUCCAACGAGCUGGUCAGCAUUAAGAAUCACCAGCAAAGCUUUCGCAUGUUUGGCUGGGACCAAGCCAAGCCACAGGACGAGGACCAAUAGCCAGGACGAGAUCCAGUGAGAUCUUUCUGGAAGCAUUAUAUUAUUUUUUAUUCUUGACGCCGGCGCAGAAGUAUGUUUCAAUCGAUCAGUUUAUAAUAUAACCGUAUCUAUAAAUUAAGAAGCACAGGACCAGGCCCAGGCUGAUCCAAUGACCAGGACCAGGCCCAGGCUGAUCCAAUGACCAGGACGAGAUCCAGAAAGAUCUUAGCUUAGGCUAGUACCUGUUUAAUCUUAAGUUAUUUCUAGUUUUUUG